GCAUACCUUCAAUCUCGACCGAUCCUAACCUAAACCUUAACUUUAUACCGUUUAAAUAGAGUACAUACCAGGCUAGGCGCGACGCGUUCUAAUCUAACAACUCAAUAGCGAACCAUAUCCAAUACAUUAUACCACCAUCACUAGAAGGCUCCCUAUACAAUGGCCACAAUGAGGGACGACCGCACGCACCCGCUCCUCGCGCAAGUCCCCCUAACCGUCUCCCCCUUCGUCUCCCUACCAACCGCCGCCACACUACCCUACACCUACAAAGCAAUGCCCUCAACUCUCCCACCGCCCCAAAGCGGCGUAACUGGCGCACACACCUCCUCCUCCUCCUCCUCAACCCCAAGCAACGACCCCUCCGCCUCCGACAAACCACGCUACGUAAUCGCCACCUCAGGCCACGCCGCCCACCCUGACGACAUAAUAUCCUCCUGCUGCGCACUCCGCGCCCACCUCCUGCGCAUGGAAGAAGACGCAACCCGGUCCCUCCAAGACCUCGAAGAACGCACACGAGCGCGCGAACUAGCUGAAAAACGUCGCGUAGCGCCCGGCUGGUUAGAUUCCGAAGCCCGACUCUUACAACCUGAACGCCGGCCCAGCGCAGCCGCUGAAGCGGAUGCCGAUGCCGAGACUAGUGAGUUCGCGGGGCAUUUCGCGGAGAUGAGUAUUUCGGAUACCUCGUACGCGCAUCACCCGCAACACUUGUGGCAGGGGCAGCAUCGUGGUGGGGUCGAGGUUGAUGGGGGGAGUGCGGGUGGGAAUGGGAGUGGGACCGGGAGUGUGGUUAUUAGUGAGAUGGCGGCGGUUGAUGAGGGGGAGGAGUUGGAUCGUGCGUUUGGUGGGUGGAAGUAAGAUGUGGUUAACUUGGAGUUGGGGGGAUAUGUCCGACGAUGUUCUGUGUUCGUUUUUGCGCUGGGAGUUUUGGAUAUGUUUGGGGCGUUUAGGGAUGGGAAUACCAUUGAGGACUAAGGUAUAGCCGCAAGGCUAGUUUGCUGCAUUUAUAUCGCCAAAUUACGAGACCUACAAACGAACGAGCGACAUCACAUGAGAUCCAUUUAU